AACCAACAUGGGGACCUGAUCCAAGUCGCACCAUGCAGCACUAACACCAUGACUGACUGAGGGACAGGAACAAUAAUAAUCAUAAAACAAUAAUCAGAUAUUAAGAGUCACUUUGCGGAUCCCCCUGAACUACCGCUCUGUGAGUCAGUGCUUCCCGAUCUAUGCUCCGAGACAAUGUGAUUAUUUUUGUCCGUCCCUUCGCUUGAAUGUCUGCCUGCUUUAGAAAGCUAUCGGGGAAGUGCAUCACUCCCAAUUUUGCCGGAUGAUGGACAGGAAUUACCCGACUUCCAGCUUCGCAGAUCAGUUGGCUCCACCAGCACAGACCGCAGCUUGGGCCUACGAGCGCAACACCGCAAGCAUUAAGCCAAGCUCAACAUAUGGAGCAGCAUCCCCGGAAUCGGAUCUUCUCCAACGCCAGCCCUACGCUUCCAAUCAUCAGCCCUCAACCUUCGCCACUGCGCAUCACCCCACAGGGCUGUCUGGAAUCUUCGAUGCUGGUGUGCACGCCGCUAACAGUAGCACUACUGAAGCGUCAGUCAUGAGCUUCCUCUCUGCUGUCGAGUCCCGUUCCCCUCAGGCUGGACCUGCUACCGCAUCCCUCCUCCCCCAGUUCAGGACUCCCUCAUGGCAGACUGGCAUGAAUUCAUCUGCUGCUACGGAGCUAUUUGUCGCUGGAGCCCUGCCCUCGGGAACAAUCCCCACGCCCUACCAGCACCACAACACCUUCUCCACCCGCAGUUUCUCCACUGCACCAUCACUGGCACUUCAGGACGCCAGCUUCACCUCCUCCACAAAUGGCAUACUAUCUCCGCAAGACCCUCUGCUGCAGAUCAAGCCUGCCCAGGGGUCGGUGCCCCCGGCUCUGCCUUUCGAUCGCUUCAGCGGCGCCGCUUUGAGCGUCAGCGUUCCGCCCCAGUCAUCCACGUACCGUUCGGCCCAGGAGUCGGCUCCCCAUCUCCUGCAGCCUCAGUUCAGCCUGUUGCCCUCUGCCCUGACCGGGGCCCAAGCCGCCCCCCAGACUUACGGCUCCUCAGUCUUCGCAGGCUCCAUCGAGAGAGCGCUCCAGCGGGAAUGUAGUGUGAUCAAGCACCAUCAGCGGCCUUCCAGUACCCAGUCCAUGCAGUCGCAGCAUUCCCUGCAGGGCUACAUGGCUGGCGGCGGGGGCGAGGUCACCUUCCAGAGCUCCCCCCGUGAGCCAGCCGUGCUGCCCUGCAGCCCCGUGGGAGAAUCUACUCAGGUGAGCGACAGCAGACUGCAGCAGAAAACAUCUCAGUCCACACUGGAGCAAACUCAGGCCUACCCCUCUUCCAUCUCUUCCCCAACGUUUUCGUCCCCAUCCGGCACAAAGAACAAAGACUCCAGGCACGCCCAGCAGACCCCAGAGGCCAGCGAGCCCCACGGAGGCUCCCCAGACCUGCGGCCUCAGCGCUACACCUCUCCCAUCCAGAGGCAGAGCCCUGUGAUUGCUGCCCAGCCCCAGCCCUACACAUCAUCAGCACAGCUGCCGAGCCUGAUGCCAGUCAGUCCCCUGCAGCACUACGUCACGUCACCGACUGUGCCCAACCACGGCCAGGUCUGCUCUUCCAGCCAGUUGGAGAAGUUGCCUCCUUUCUACAAGACUCUGACCACUUUCUCUGGACAGUCGGGAAACAUAACCCCGACAAGCCAGUCACUUGUCUACUCUUCUGGUCAGCAACAGGGGCUGAUUUCGGUUGGACGUAGCGAUGAGUAUGUGAAUUCUGCUCAGAGUUUUUCUUCCAGCCACUCUCAGACCCUGCCAACUGUAAGCUAUUCUGCGCAGUCCCAGGGACUGGCUACCGUAAGUCUCUCUCAGAGCUACACUUCAGGACACUCUCUCAUCCUGACCUCAGAUUCCCUCUCCUACUCUUCUGCUCGUCCCCAGAACUUACCCACGUCAAGCCCCAUCCAGGAGUACAUCCUAAUGCAGCCUUCCCCCAGCAUCAAAACGGAAAACACAUUGUCACCACAGCCUCAGAAAUACUUGCCUCCUGUUCAGUCCCCGCCUUUCUCUAACCUAGCCUCGCAUUCCCAAGCCUUACAGAACAACCAGUCCUCAGCUGAGUUGAAGCUGCCCUACAGCAAAAGGAAAUUGGACGCCAGCACGUUUGUCAUCUCCAAACAGGAGGGAGAUGAGUUUCCUGUUCAGGAUUUGCAAGGGUUGCAGCAAACCUCCCAGGACCCCACCACUCAGACCCUGGCUGCCUGUGAAACUGGAGAACAGAACAGCGCUGGGCAUGCAAACUCCAAGUUGGAUGACCGGUACAACUCGCAGAGCGUGAUCCGGAGCAGCAUGCAGCCUGAGGACCAGAUACUGGGCCUGGCACUGUCCGAAUCUAAAAAAGAGGAAAGGAUGGUUUCCUUGAACCACCACAAACAGCAUAUGACCACCGCUAGUACCAGUCAAGUGACCACAGACGCGAAGAGGAACUCCCCUCUGGUGCAGUCUUCCCAUGUGACCAUAGGCACAGAUGAGCUGAAUAAGCAGCACUCACUCCUGCAAGUUGUCCCUGAGUCGCAGCUUACACUAAACCAUCAGAUACAGGGCGUCAGUGCUCAUCAACAGAGUCAGAACAGCAUGGUGCAGCAGACCCAAUAUAUCCGCUUGCCAAGUGCCCAGGUCCUGCUGGAACCCUCACGAGACCUGCAGAGGAUCCUGCUCCAGCAGCCCUUGUUCCACCCGGGGCUUGACUCAACCAAGGUAUCAGCCCAGCUGCAGCAGAUCCCUGUGCACUACCUGCAAAUGGACGAUCAGGCUAUAGGAUCCAGCGACGGCCAUAGCCAGCAGCAGGUGGUUCUUCCACAGGGCUCAGAUGUCCUGAAGAUGGGGAUUGCUGAAGCCUCCAAGUCUGUCCAGCAGCAGCAGCAGCACUCGUUGUCAAAAGAGAACUUUGGCCAAACGAACCAGCAUGACGCAAAGCAUCAUUUUGCUUUGAGUUCCAUUUGCUUCCCUGACUCUAUGCUGCUGGGGGAUGAGAGGAACAUCUUGUCCAAUGUGGAUGACAUCUUAGCUGCCACCGCGGCUGCCUGUGGAGUCACCCCUCAGGAUUUUGUCAAGGCCACCUCCUCGGAAGGAGAGAUGGCCUCACUGGCUAACCCCAUAGACUCAAAGGGACACUUCCAGUUUGUGGACACAAGGCAUAAUUCUCCUAGCUUCUCGUCACCACACGCCAUCACUGCUAACACCCACACUGUGGCCAUGACACAGAACAGUGCCCAUUUGAAUUUAGGCAUGCACCAGUUGUCUAAGGGUGGAUGCUUGGAGAACCAAGCAAUUGAGGUGUCAAAUGCCCCAAUGCAACAGGAGUUGGCUGGCUCUGCCUUCAGUUCUGGACAUGACAUAGGAGAGAGGGUGGUGGGCUCUCUGCAAAGGUCCAGGAGCACCAGCCAGGUGGCAGAAGGGGAGAAGGAGACAGUAGCUGAGGAUGGGACUGUGGGCUACAGCAAUGGGGCUUUCAACACCUGUGGGAGGAACCUCAACGAUGAGAGCACAGCGUCCGAGAAUGACCUUCAUCAGGCUGGUGAGGAGUGUGACCCCAUGGGGCUUAUGCACAAAACCAACCUGACCAGGGACAAGCAUCAUGCUCAGAACCUAGGGCAGAAGACUGCUAAAGUGGACCUUGCUGGCUUUGAGUGUUCCACCAGUUUUUCCAAAAAGAAGGCAAAGUCCAAGGGUUCAAAUAAGUUUAUGGGCGAGGAAGAAAAUGGCUACCCCAAGUUGGCAAAGAGGAGUGGCCAGGGUAAGCGACAGAACUCUAGAGGGAGUGAAACUAGCUCACCCUCCACCUCCGAUUGCUGCUAUGAUGGAUAUCAGCAGCAGGAGCGAAUGCGGCAGAAGAUCAGGGAGGUGGAGGAGAAGCAGCCAGAGGUCAAAACAGGAUUCAUUGGGUCCUUUUUGGACUUCCUGAAAUCAGGACCCAAGCAGCAGUUCUCCUCUCCUCCCAUAAGAAUGCCCAAUCGUUCCCGGAAGGCACCUGCAUCUUUCAAAAGGCCCCCCUGUCCCCUGACCUCCAAGGCACAACCUUUGCCAGUGCCAUUGACAUCACCAGACGCCGAUGCUGUCAGUGCUUGCAAGAGGCUUGAUGAGGAACUGAAGAGGAACCUGGAGGCCUUGCCUUCUUUCUCCUCUGAUGAGGAUGAUUCUGUGGGAAAGAAUCAGGAUCUUCAAAAGAGCAUCACUUCUGCCCUCUCUGCAUUGGAUGACCCUUCAGACAAGAAGAGUCAGUUUGGUCUGACAGAGAAACAUAAUUCAGGACCCAUCAUAAAGCAGGAACAAUCUCAUAAUGUGCCUUCAUCAGGGCUGCAGACUGAAAAACAGGGUCCUGUCACGUCUGUUGAGAUGUCUGCAUCAGAGCAGGUGAAGGAGUUCCCAUCUGACCAGCUGGCCAAACAGCUGAACUCCGUAGCCAUCGAGGGCCUGACGGACGAGGACUUGUCCGACAGUGGCGGUGAGGGGAUGUACCGCGAGAGAGACGAGUUUGUGGUGAAAAUCGAGGAUAUCGAAUGCUUGAAGAUGACAUUAACAGCAGGGCAUGAGCCCCCUGCCAUCUGGAAGGUACAGAAAGCCUUACUGCAGAAAUUCGUGCCUGAGCUGAGGAACGGAACCCGAGUGUUUUCAGCUACUAACAGCUAUUUAGGGUACUUUGGGGAUGCGAAGACCUUGUACAGGAGAGUGUAUGUGAAGUUCAUCGACACUGUAAACAAGAGGGAGUACGUGCGUGUCUGCAGCAGGAAACCAAGGUGCAAACCCAUGCACUCCAUGAGAGGUUCCCAUGCCAAGGCUCUGCUCGGCCAGAGAGUGCCAUCUGCUGCGGCCGCCAACCCCUACUCGCUAAAGCCUGCGUCCAGCAAGCCCCCCUCCAAACCAAAAGCCAAGCAGCCCAAGGUGAAGGCGGAGCCGCCACCCAAAAAGAGGAAGAAGUGGAAAGAGUUUGCCUCUUCGCCCGCCGUGGUGUCCCCAGAGGCCGUGAGCGAAGACGAUGAGUUCAGUCCUCCGGUCCCCUUUGCCACACGCUUCCUCAACACCAGGACCAUGAAGGAGGCCUUCAGGAGCUAUGUGGAGCUGCUCAUCGGUGUGGCUCUGGACAGCAGCGUGAUGGAGAAUUUGGAGAAGGAGAAUGAUGAGAUCCUCCUUCCUCACAUGAAGAAACUGGACGGGAUGAUAACAGACAACAGACGGAGGCUGCUGCCCAAACUGCGGGUGGGGCAACUAUUCAAGAAAGCACUGGACAGUUUCCCAGAGAUGUCAGUAGUGGCAGAGUUGACAAAAGAAGGUGAAACCCCCACCUUUAAAGUGCGGUUGAGUGGAAAACCUUACCAUAAGAAAACCAUGAGACCUUCCAAAGCCUCCAGCAAAUUACCCCUGGAAUACACUGUGGACAAGGAGAAAACACAGUGGUUUUCGCUGUAUCAUUCACUGCAGCAUUACAAGUACCAUACCUUCCUGAUUUGUAAAGACGAGAUCGCAUCUCUUCAGACGCAGGGCCGGGACCUGGGACAGGAGGAGACGGUGCAGCUGUGCAUGGGCGAUGGAAAGUGGGUGGAGGGCCUCUUCGACAAGUUUGGGGAGCUGCUGACGCAGGUGCAGCAGACCUGCCUGUUGUAGCUGGAGAGCGGUGGAGGCAGACACCUGUAGUUGAAUUUGUUAAAGCACUAAUCAACACACGAUAAAGACCAAAUCAUUCACUGGUGUGCAGUGGUGCCAGGUCUCACAAGCUCUUUGCAUUUUCACUUCGGUCAUGGAAAUGCCGAAUUGCACGGUGCUAAAAAAGGCGGAGUAGAGUGAAUUACUCUGUUUUACUUUUGUCUUUUUUUUUUUUUUUUUUGCCUUUUUUGCCUUCUUUGUUUUAUUUCAUAGCUGGCCAACGGUUCUUCUCCAUUUUAUUUUUCUGUAUUUUAUUGAAAGAACCAUGAUGGAUUAAACUGUUAACCAUGCGCUAGAACAGAGCAACUUGCAUAGGAAUCAGUAUAUUUUCAAUCAGACAAAAGUACCUUGCUACUUAUCACCAUGCCAGUGAUUAUGGUGAUGGUGGAGAUGUUUAUAUAGAUAUAUAUAUAUAAAUAUAUAUAUGUAUGUGUGUAUGAGUGUGUGUCUGUGUGUGCGUGUGCACGCACAUGCAUAUGGGUGUGUGUGUGUGUGUGUGUGUGUGUGUGUGUGUGUGUGUGUGUGUACACAACAUCCAUUUUUUCAAUGGAGUGCCAAAUUUAUAUAGACUAUUGUACAUUUUGUAAAGAAAAGUGUUUUGCCAUUACAUCCUUUUAUGAAAGAAAUUGACAUAAUAUAGAUAUCUAAAUUUUAUGCUUCAAAGACUCCUUUUAUUAUAACAAUGGUUAUAAAUGGUAUGGAGUUGGUGCAAUUCUAAUACUGCUUUUUGUUAUGUAUUGUAAUAAAAUGCGAUGACCUUAACUAUUUUCUCUGAGGAAAAAAAAACAAAUUGCCUUUAUACUUUUCUUUUUCAAAUGUACAUUUUAUCUCACUAAAUUUUUCACAAAACAAAAAUAUUGUGGUCAAAUUUGUUCCAUACAUCUUUGUAAUAUGCUUUUUGUUGUUUUCAAAAAAAAAGAAGCCCUAUACAUUUGUAUGUUGAUUACCUAUUGUAAACUAUAUAUCUUGAAAAUCUUCCUUUAUUAAUACAAGUAUGCCUCAAUUUUAAGCCGGAUAUGCACACAUUACUGGACUAGUUUUGCUUCUCAAGUGUAGCUGUGUUACACAUUGCAAUUAUUUUCAGAUAUGUGAAAAUAAAUUUCUUACUAAACAAGAAAA